CCGCGUCGUUCUCGCGCAUUGGCACCUGGUUUGGCUGUGUUGGUGAGCUUUGGGAGGAGUUUCCUUGGUCCAUGGAAAGCUCUCCCUCCACGCUCUCCGAGCUCUCCUCCCGGAGAUGCUCCGGAAGCCCGAAGCCUCCGAAGCCUCCGAAGCUCGAAAAGCCCGAGGCCACUGACCAUGGCAAGUUUCAUGGCGAUGCCUAUGGCGUACAUUGCAGGAAGCAAAGCUCUUCCGGAACUUUGUCGCAGCCAGAGGUACGUUACAUGUCGCUCCAUGGCAGCUCCCGGCGGCUUUCACCUGGGUGCACCGGAGGAUGGUGGUGCUGCCAUGGCAAUGCUAGCGCUGGGCGCCUGGCUCGCGGUGAUGUAUGCGAUUCAGCACUCCCUAGUUUCUGUUCCAUUCCUUGCUGGGAGCCAAUGCGAGUACUUUCCCAUCGUCGCGACCUUCAUCGCUGGUUACGCUGUGAUUGUGCUGGAAGAGCAAACUGGAAUAACCAAAGCAGCCACGGCGCUGGUUCUGGGCGUUCUGCUGUGGGCCCUGGUGGGCACAAGCGUCGCCCUCGAGAACUUUAACGUUGCGGUGGAAGGGACGUUGGAGGAUGUUGCAGAGGUGGUUUUUUUCCUGCUCGGUGCCCUGAGUAUCGUGGAGAUCAUGGAUGCUCACAAGGGCUUUGACAUCAUCACCAAAGCCAUCCAAGCAAAGACUCAGAAGGAGCUGAUGGUCGUCAUUGGUGUCCUGACAUUCUUGCUGUCAUCUGUGCUCAACAACCUUACUGUGGUGAUCGUCAUGGUGUCGCUGCUGCAGAAGUUGGUGAAGGAUGACGACUUCCGCAUGAAGUUGGGCGGUUUGGUGGUCGUGGCCUCGAACGCCGGCGGGGCAUGGACGCCCAUAGGCGACAUUACCACCACCAUGCUCUACAUCAGCGGACAGGUCACAACAGUUCCACUUUUGGCCAACUUGUUCCUCCCCAGCAGCCUAUGUUUGGUGGGAGCCGUUGGUUAUGAGUAUCUUCAAAUGGCCGAUGAGCCCUUCAGUGACACAGCGGAAUCAAAGACUGAAGAGGUGCCCGAAGGACAGGCCUUAGUCUUUUGGGGUGGUCUCUUUGGCAUGAUUUCGGUUCCCAUCUUCACUGCCUUAACACAUUGUCCCGCCUGGAGUGGAAUGAUGUUAGUCCUGGGCUUGCUGGGCAUGAUCAGCUCCCUGCUUCAUGGCCCAGAACAUAAGCGAUUCUCGUUAAGAGCAGCGCUGGCACGAGUGGAAGUCUCCGACGCUUUGUUUUUCCUGGGUGUGCUCUUUGCUGUAGGGGCCUUGGAGAAAGUGGGAUUGCUGAAGGACUUUGCUUUUCAACUGAACAGUUGCUGGGCUGGUGCUUUCCGUCAUUUGGGUCCCUGGUUGGCUGGGCGGUGCGGAGGCCUUAGUGGCGAUCAUGCUGGGUUUCACUUCUGCAGUGGUGGAUAAUGUGCCCCUGGUGGCAGCCGCGCAGGGCAUGUAUGAUCUCAAUGAUCACCCAGCCAACGAUGGCCUUUGGAAUCUCAUCACCUACUGCGCUGCCACGGGCGGGUCUCUGUUGGUGAUUGGCUCGGCCGCUGGGGUGGCCUUCAUGGGCCUGGAAAGGAAGGUGUCCUUUGGAUGG